CAAAUUAAUGUGAUUGUAUUUAAUUGUGUAUUUUAAGUUUGAUUCAACGUUGUUUCCGAUCACAGUGAACCGUGACAUUCGGUCGGUUGAGAUUUUAUUCCUCGAAAAACAAGACGCGAAGUGUAUUUGAGCAAUUUAAAAUGAAAUCAACAAUAUUCGGCUUGUUGUGAUUUCAUAAAUGAUUAACAUUGAGUCGAUUGGGUCAAAUGUUAUAUAUUUUUUCACUUGUGUUAUCUAAUUCAGUUCAUUCCACACGAGAAACGAUGGAAUUAAUUUCACAAAAGCCAUAUAAUCAACUGUAUGAUUACAACAUAACAUAUCAGUGUAUAAAACGUCUCUAUAGUUUGGUAAACGAGUAUGCAUUUGUUGUGCGUAUAUUACAUACCGAAUAUAUUUUUAACGGCAAUAAUACACAGCCAUACUAUCAAAAAUAUGAGCAAAAUCAUAAAGUCGUUACUUUAAAAAGAAACAAUCCAACAUUCGAAGAUUGGUAUAACGAUAUAAAAAAAGUUAUGAAAACCGAAAAUUUUGAUUCAGAAAUUCAUGAAGCUUAUGAGAUGGAGCGAACCAUGUACAAAAACGGAAUACCCGAACUGAAUGCGAUUGAUAGGAAUAUUCAUGAGCUAUUUGUGCUACAUAUGUGCAAUGAAAAGGCAGUUGGACGUUAUACCAGCUUUCCGGAAUCGUAUAAAUGGCAUCACACAUUUCAUCAAUUGGAAAAUGAUAUUGUUAAAUCAAUAAAAAAUAUUAUUCAUUUGUUGAAUAAUGUAUUAGAUAAUGUAGUCGAUACAUUUCACGAACGUGUACGUUCUUUGGAUAAAGAAGUUAAAUGGACAGAGCAUAUUUUAGUGAAAUUUGCUGAAAUUCAAGUGUGGUUUGACGAGAUAGCUGCAAUCAUUUACAAUACACGUGAACUGAUACAUAAGAUGCGAAUAAAAAAUGAUCAUACACUGUGUAAUGGUGAAAUUGAACAAAUAUAUGAUAUGUUUAAAAAAUUAAUCGAAUCGAUUGUGAUGGUUCAAGAGCAGCCCCCAAAAAUUUUAAAAACCGACACAUAUUUCCCAUCAGCCAUUCGAAUACUGCUAACCUUGAGCAACCUGAAUAUCAAAACCAACGAGUUGAAAGUUACGAUUUUAUCACAGGAAGAAGUCACCGAAUUCACAACAAAAUCGAAAAACGAAGUAAAAACCGUAAAAAUACAACUCCAUGAAGAUUCGCAUGAUAUAUAUUAUCAAUUAAAACAGUUGAAAGUGGAUAAAAUCAAGCGACUCAAAAAUCAACAGGAUAAAGUAGUCGGCACCAAAUAUGUCUUGAAAUUUAGCUUCCAAUUUCAAAUUGAUAAUAUUCAAUUUGGUGCAUCAUUAUUUUCAUGGCCCGUUUUUGUCAUUGUACAUCAUAGUCAAGAGCCACUAGCCAAAGCGGCCGUCAUGUGGGAUAAACAUUUUCCUGAUGUUGCACGAUCUCCAAACAAAUCGGUUCCAUGGUUUCGAAUGAGCCCGGUUUUAGAAUCAUUUUUUAAAAGCGAAACCGGAUGUAGCUUGAACGUUAAACAUUUGGCCGCUUUAUAUCAAAAAGCCAAAAAGGAUGGAGUUAUUGACAAAAGGGAUAACUUUUCUUGGACUGAAUCUUGCGAGGAUUUAUCCGAUUCAAAAUUUACAUUUUGGCAAUGGUUCUACGGUGUAAUGAAAUUCACACGAGAAUUUAUCAAGGAAUUAUGGGAAUAUGAUCUAAUCGAAGGUUUUGUGACAGAAGAUGACGUGUACAGCCUUCGCAACCAUCCUGCGGGCACUUUUUUACUACGAUUCUCGGAGAGUACACUUGGUGGACUGACAAUAGUGGGCGUUGAAUAUAAUUCCACACAAAGAGAAAAUACCAUUUAUCGAGCCGGACCGAUUUCAAGUGAAAUGGGUGUGAUCAGAGCUCGUUCACCGAAUGUUCCAGCGCAUGCUGUCAUUGUUGACAUUAUUCGCAGUUUAAAACAUUGCACACGCUUAAUUGAUGGUAGAGCAAAGGAUAAAGCUUUCGGAAGAUUCUACAUAGAUUGGCCAAAUGUCAACAAAGGCACACAUAAAUCUAUAAAGAUAACAUUUGAAAUAAACGGAAUGUCACCCAUUCAGACGAACGAAAUCGCAGUUCAAACCGAUGAUGUAUAUUGUUGCUGUAAUAAUUCUGAUUCGAAUGUGAAAAAGUGGAAACAGAAAUUAGUUAGUCGUUACAGUAAUGGUUACAGUUUUGUGCCAGAAGAGACAGAGACAAAGACAGAGACAGCCAAACCAGACAUUGUAUCAAUGGAUGACAAAUGUAAAAUAAAAGUGGUACCAAUAGAUAAAAUAAAAAAGAUUAAAUUUUCACAUGAUUGAUGAUUUAUUCAGAUAAUAGUCAUUAAAUAUUUACCAACAUGAUUUUUAUACAUUAUUUAUUUAUACAUAGGAUAUCGUACAUAAUAAGAGCAAAGAAGAAAAUAAAUUGUAUAUUUUUGUUGAUAAUUUACGAAAUCAAAUGCCAUUUUUGUUUAAAUUGACAAACUUACUGUCAUAUAUUUAGAUUGCUAAUGGUUCGAACCG